UCCAGUACUGACUGUUGUGCAGCUCAGUUCGCGCAUUCUCUAACAUGUCAGUAAUACGUGAAUUUUCACCUCAACAACAUUGUAAUAACCUGUCAAAUAGAAAGAAUAAUAUUAAAAUGAAAAAUGAAUUGAUGUAAUCUACUAAAGUAAUUAACGGGUUGUUCCAAAAUGAGUAUUUCUCAAGAUAAUUCAACAACGAUUGUCUGUCGAGAAGUUUUCGAUGAAACUUCUCCUCCUUCUAAUGAAGAAAUUCUCGACUAUGCAAAGAAGCUAGGAAUCGAUCCUGACACAGAACCACACCUUCUUGAUCUUGCGCGUGAAGGUCUUAUGGCAGCAUUGCCAAAGGGCUGGAGUCCAUGUUUUCAUGAAGCUUCAGGCGCCUGGUACUACUAUCAAGCAUCAACCGGAACCACUCGUUGGGAGCAUCCUCUCGAUGCUAAGUAUAAAAAGCUUGUGGAACAUGCAAGGGCUUCGAAAAGUAAACAACAUAGUUUGGACGAUGAUUCCAAAGCAACAACAGCAAGAGACCUGGACUCACACGAAGACACAACAUUAUCAAAAGAGCCUCCAUCAUCAAAAGUCCCAAUCUUUCAGACGAAAAUACCCACAAAGUUGGCCCCUUUGAGGAAAACAGGCAUUGAUUCAUCAAGGAAAAAGGAUUAUCGACGAUCUAUGAGCGACUUAAAGACUCCGAGUUCUACUAUGACUGAUCGAGCAUCCAGGGAUUACACAAAUCUUCAGUUUUUAGAUCCAAAAUUUUACGAAAGUCCUAAACGAUUAGAAAGCCCUGAUAGAGAAUUAAGUUUGCGAGAAAUCGUUAAAAGAUCAGAAUCAAUGAGUCCACGAUAUGAAAAAGAUUGGGAACAAUUAUCGAGCAAAUUUAAUUCUGAAGAAAAUGUUAUUGACAUUGACAAAUUAAGUAGAAACUCUUUGACUCAAUCAGAUACCAAGUCAGUCAGUGAAAAAUUUGAUAAAGAAAAGCAUCCAAAGCAAUUGGGGCAACAAAAAGGACUUGAACUUACUAGACGUGGUCUCAUGUUUCUCAAAAGCAAUCGAAGUCGAGAUAACACUCCAAGCCAAGAUGGUACAAGGUUAGAAGAUUUUCAAAUGGCUAGAGCUAAUGUCAACGACGGUAGCAAUCUUGAGAGACCAAAAUCUAUUCUUCGCGAUAAGCCUACUGAAGAUGAUGAUCGUCACAUGGACGAAGAGAGGAAAAGUGUUCGAUUUGAUCUUGAAAAACAUCCGGAAGAUAUUAAAUUUACUUAUUCUGAUUCUGAAGAAGAAAACUGGGAUUCGGAAAUGACUACUUCUAAAUCUGAUCAUAAAAAUCAAAUAAAUAAGAAGGAAGUGAAAGAUUCACAGAAUUCUACAGGAAACCAGUCCAUUCAUGGAGAAAUAGCUGAUAUAGAAAAUGAAGUAGAACUUGAAAUGUUGAAAAAAAAGGCCCUACAACUUAUUAAUGAUACUCCUAAGAUAAUUGCCAAUCGAUUCUUUGUGCAAAAUGUGUCUGAAACAGAGCAUUUGAGUCAAAUUUCUAAAGAUAGCCAAAAUGAUAAUGAAUAUUUGCCAACGAAUAAAUUUGGGAAUAUUAAAAACAUUGAUCUAUUUUCAAAAAGUGAUACUGAUAGUACACCGCGAACUUCUAGUGAGGAAACAGGUUUGCAUCAAGUAUCUCACUUAAGUAUGACAUUAAAGACUGACACUGAUGUGAUAAAGGAAGUAAGUGCUAAAAAAGAAAUUUAUAAACAAUCUGAAAGCGAAAUAGUUACUUUUAAAAAGGAACUUGAAGAAAAAUUAAACCGUACAAAAUUAGAAAUGGAAGCGAAUUUUAUUAAACAAAAGAAUCAAAUGGAAAAAGACUUAGAAAAUAGAUUAAAAGAAUUUAAAAAUCAAUUACAUCAAAAAGAGCAAGAUGAAAUAAAAAAACUUGUUGCAGAAAUGGAUGAAGCACGUAGAAAAAAUUUAGAAAAAGUGAGAGCUGAAUUAGAAAGCUGUUACGAAAAAGAGAGACAAGAAAUUUUCGAGAAACUUAAAAUUGAAUUGGAUGAAAAGAAACAAGAAUUAUUAGAGUUGAGAAAUCGUGAGAUAGAAAAAAUGGAGAAUGAAUUUGAUCAAACGGUUGAUGAGGAAAAAGCUUUAAAAUUGGCAGAACAUGAAAUUACUCAAAAGCAUAAUGAAAAAAUAGAAGAGAUGAAGAAAGAACUUGAAAAAGAAUUUGAUGAUUUAAGAAAUGAAUUGAGAGCUCAACAAAGGGAAAAAAUGAUGAAAAUUACAGAAGAUAAUGAAAAAUGUUUGGCAGAAAUUGUUCAAGAUUUUCGAACUGAAGAAAGUACAGCUAGAAAAGUUUACAAGCAAAGGUUGGAAGAAAUUCGAGCAGACUUUUCUCGAGAUAUCGAGAAAGAAAUGAAAAAAUUGUCUGAACGAGCAGCUCAACAAGAAACAGCGAAUUUUGAUAAGAUACGUUGCGAAAAACGGUUAUUGGAAGACAAAUAUAAAACUUUGAAGGAAAAAUAUUUAAAAUUGAAAAAUGAUGUACGAUUGGCGGUGGAAAGGCGCAGCAAGAGAAGGGAAGGUAAUACAACAGCAUCAGAGACUGAAAGAUCAGCAUCAACAAGAACAAAAACAGAGAGAACGGAAUCUUCACUGCAAAGAACAUCGUCGAAAAAUGCCAGUACAAAUUUCAAAGUUCCUGAUGCUCUUAAUUCCAACAUUGCUGAUAAUUCUGAAAGUCAGAGGUUGUCCAGAUUACAUAAGUUCAGUCAUGGAGAUUCGAGAAGUGGGAAAUUAGAAUCUGAUGACACCACAACUGUAAGUGAAACGAUGAACUCAAAUACUCUGAAGAAAAAAAAAAUUUUUGCAAAAAAAACUACAAGUACUCCAAAAAAUCCUCAUAAUUCUAAUAAUAAUAAUAACAAUAGCAAUAAUAAUAACAAUAAUAACAUUACUGAUAAUCCUGUGGAAAAUAUUAGAAAGCAGUUAGAGAAAUUAGAAGAUCUGGGUGAUCAGCUGCCUACUAAUGAGAAUGCUUAUACUUUAAGAUACCCUUUUCAAGAUAAAGUGCCAGUAAGUGCGUCAUCAGAACUUGAAUUCUUCAGACAUCGAAUUCAUGUUGAAAGAGAUUCUGUUAAGAGAGCCCGUGAAACAUUAAAAGCUCAGCAAAAUAUUUUUCAAGACGUGCAAAAAGCUUGGAAAGAAAGAUGUGCUAGAGCAACUUUAGAACAAUUAGUUCAGGAAGAAAGAGAUCUUUCCGACAUGGAAGUUAGUCUUCAUCGAACUAAAAGUCUUCUUGGUGAAAAAGUAAUUCACUUAAAACACUUAGAACAAUCUUUAGAGAGAGUUGCAAAUGCUAAGAAAAAUGAAGCUGAAGCUGCUAUGCUUAAAAAUGACGAAUUAACUUUGAGUGAUAUUUCAAGUGCUAGCAGUGGAUUUAGUUCUACAGAUUUAGAUAAGCCCGAUUAUUACCAAGAAUCGACGGAAAUUAUCGCAAAUUUGGAAAAGUUAAAUUCAGACAUUCGAGAAAUUUGGAGUGUUUUGAAAAAAAGUCGAGGAAACACAGUUCCUCCACCUCCAAGUCUGGUUUAUUCUGAUUUACGAUGGUCACCUUAUCAACACUUAACAACACAGUCAAAUAAUAUACAAGGAUUUGGUACACCCAACAUUCAAUCAAAUAUUUUAUCUCAAUUGACAACACCUCCUACAACUACAACGCAAAAUAUAAUUGCUCAAUAUGGACCAACAAGUGGAUUUACUACUAGCGUUGGAACUGUCGAACGAGGAUCUUCAAAUUUAAUAGAAAGAACAAGAAACAUGAGAGACUGGUUACGCCAAGCACGAAUAGAAACUAACAAUCUUAUUAGUUCUGGUCAAGCAACACUUUAAGAAAUCUUAAUUAAUUUUUUUUAUUAAUCUUCUUGAUACGGAAGAUAACUACUGAAUAUUUAUAUGAAGGAGAAAAUGAAAAAGCUAAAAGAGAAGAUGAUGAUAGAAAUGAUUGAAAUAUUUCAUUCCUGAUAGAUACUUUAUAAAUUAGAUUUAUUAGAUUUUCUAAUAUUUCUCUUAUUUUUGUAAAUUAGUUUAUUGUAAAUAGAUGAUCAGUAUUGUACAAAAGAAUGAUAUUGAUAAUGAUUUCUAUCUAUUCUCUAAAGUCAUCCUUGUAUACGAUAUUAUUAUUCUUUUAAAAUUGUUUUUAAAGAAUAAGAAAUUAGAAUUUUAAGUAGGACCAUCACAUGCCAAAGUAUGAUUAAUAAAUUAUAUACGUAAUUAAGAAAGUUAUUUCAUGAAAAUAAUUAAUGA